AUGAACAAAAAGAGAGUUAUUAAGGAAAGAGCCAAGAAAGAUAAAACUCUCAGUGUGAAAGAGAGAUCCAAGAUCCACAGGCAGAGAAAAAAGAAAUACUAUGAAGAUCUUGAAAGGAGAGUAGAAGAGCUGGAAGAAGAGAAUAAAAAGCUUAAGGCUAGUAUACAAGCGAUUUCUAAAAUGUCUCCAACUAACGAUCUUCUGACCAAACUCCAACAAGAAGAAGACUUUAUGUACUGAGUGCUUCCUAAGAUAGUCACCCAAAAUCCAGAUCAGUUCAGGAUGUCUAUGUAUGAGACCUGUAGAGAUGCAGAGGGGCCCUAUGGAUCUUUACGAAUCCAAGUUAUUAAGGAUUCGUUUAGGAAAAUAAUUGAUAACUUAAUGCCUCUUAAUUUUAAGGUUCUUUUAGCUGCUUUUAGUCAUGUUGAGACAAAGAAGUUAUUUGAUAUGGCGAGAGACAAAAUCAGAAACGAUCGCAUCCUGAGCAAGUAUUAUCGUGCUCAUACUAGAAAUCAAGAUACAGUGAAUAAAUGUGAAGAGAGAACAGAGAAAAGAUGCCGCAAUCGUUAUUUCAUUGAAUCUAGUUUCUAUAAGUAUCCAUUUUCUGAAGCAGUGAUUAGUUGAUGGAGUAAAGUCACUAAUAGGACAAAGAAAUUCUGAUUCACAAUGAGAAAGUUAGUCAAAAAUUUAUUAAAAAUACGCAACCAAAUGUUAAAUGAGAUGAAAGAUAUUCAUAAUUGAUUUUUCGAAGCUAAAAUGUACGAGAGUUAUAGCAAGCAAGAUUUAAUAAACUUCUCUGCCCUUUGAAAUGAAUUCAAAGGCACAGAAAUCAUAGAGCCUUCUUAUUUAUAUGAGCUUGAAAACAAAUCUUCAGAUGAUGAAAAAUACCAAGAUGCUGAAAUUUCCCCAACAGAGAGUUAACCCCUUAAAAAUACCAGAUAUUCAACCACAA